UUUUGUUUGUUUUAAAAUCAGGUAUAUAACUAUGCCGCUGGCAAAAACAUAUAAGCGAUAUGAAGAACUCUCAACAUUUGGAGUUAUCGGCAGUACAAGAUGUAACCUGUUGUUACUAGACCAGUUUCCAAAUAAAUCCUCUGUUGCAUCUACAAAAUUGUCAUCUAUAUAUGGUGUAACUGGAGCACUAGAAAAUGUUGUAGUCUGGGAUGUUAGGAAAGCCGAAAAGGUCUGCACACUAAAAGGAAAGAACAGUGAAAUAACAUCAAUAGCAAAGUCUACCAAUGUAAUAGCUGCAGGGUUUAACGAUGGUUCAGUUAAGCUAUGGGAUUUAAAAAAUUUUACAAAUGAAAUAUCUUUCAGUGGUCAUAAAUCUGCUGCAACUUGUUUAUCAUUUGAUCACAAUGGAACAAGACUUGUUUCUGGAUCCUCUGAUACUGAAAUAAUUGUUUGGGAUAUUGUUGGUGAGAGGGGUUUAUACAGGUUGAAAGGCCACAAGGGAAUGGUGACAAGUUGUCAUUUUAUGACUCAAAAAAAUGUUUUGAUCACGAGUUCAAAAGAUAUGCUUGUGAAAUUCUGGGAUUUAGAUACUCAGCAUUGUUUUCUAACGUUGGUUGGUCAUAAAAGUGAGAUAUGGCAGACAUGUUUAGUCAAUAACGAAACUAGACUUCUUACUGGGUCUGGAGAUUCAGAGUUGCGAGUGUACAAAAUUGAGGACGGUAAAGAUAAUGAAGAAGGCCCUUUAAGAUGUGAGUUAAUUGGAUCGAUCAUGCGGCAAGGAAAAGGGCGUGUGAUGACACUAUCUGUAGAUUAUACUGGGAAAUAUAUUGCCUGUCAUGGAACAGAUACAACACUGGAAUUAUAUCAAAUUCAUAGUGAUGAAGAAAUAAAACAUGCUAUACAUAAAAGAAGGAAAAAGUUAAUAAAGAAGCAGAAAAAGAAGCCGGAAGUAGAACAAUGCAACGAGAUAGCCCUUGAUGUGGAGCAAGAGGUUGGUGAUGAAAUAAAGAAAAUACAAACUUUCCAGUUAAAACAAAAACUAAGGUCAUGUGCAAUUCAUUUUGAUGGCAAAAAUAAUGUCAAGUUACUGCUGUUAUAUACAAGUAAUUCAUUUGGCUAUUACAAAGUAUCACUAGAAGAAAUGCCAAUGAAAUGUAAUCUUGUCUCUAUGAUUGCCAGCAUGGGACAUAGGACAGAUGUUAGGACACUUGCGUUUAAUUCAGAUGCAACAUUAUUAAUGAGUGGUUCUGGAGAAUGUGUGAAAAUUUGGAAUAGGAGUUCACAAAAAUGUAUUCGCACGUUGGAGUCAGAUUAUUGUUUAUGUUCAUUUUUUGUACCUGGGGAUAGACAUGUUAUUGUGGGAACCAAGAGUGGAAAAUUACAGCUUUUUGAUAUUAGUUCUGGAAAUCUGUUGGAAUCAGUUGAUGCUCAUACUGAAGCAGUAUGGUCAAUAGCACUCUCACCUGACAAGAAUGGGUUUAUAUCUGGUAGUGCUGAUCACGAUGUUAAAUUUUGGGAAUUCGAACUAGUAGAAGAUAGUGAUUUUUCAAAACACAGCAAGAGGCUGAGCAUGAGUCAUGCUCAAACAUUAAAGAUGACUGAAGAAGUUUUGGCAGUAAAAUAUAGUCCCGAUGGUCGUCUACUUGCGGUUUCACUGUUGGAUAGCACUGUCAAGGUGUUUUUCUCGGAUACACUCAAAUUUUUCUUAUCAUUAUAUGGUCAUAAGUUUCCAGUCCUCUGCAUGGAUAUAUCAUUGGAUAAUUCCCUUCUUAUAACUGGAUCAGCUGAUAAAAACAUCAAAAUUUGGGGAUUAGAUUUUGGUGAUUGUCACAAGUCUAUAUUUGCUCAUGAUGACAGCAUUACAAGUAUACAAUUUGUUUCUAAAACACACUACUUCUUCUCAUCAAGUAAAGACAAAACGCUGAAAUAUUGGGAUGCUGAUAAAUUUGAAAAUAUUAUGACACUGCAGGGACAUCAUGCAGAGAUUUGGUCAAUGGCAGUGAGCAAUAGUGGAGAGUAUGUGGCAACAGGCUCCCACGAUAAAUCGAUACGUUUGUGGCAGCGUACAGAAGAACUGUUAGUAAUAGAAGAAGAACGAGAACACGAAAGAGAAGAAGCGGAUGAAAUGUCAAUGCUUGAAAGAGGUGAAAGACCUAUACCUGGUGAAAGUGAAGGAGAAGCAGCGCAUGCUGGGAAAAAGACAAUGGAAACUGUCAAAGCUGCUGAACGAAUAAUGGAAGCAAUUGAAUUGUAUAAAAAAGAAGAAGACAAAAUAAAAGAGAUGGGUGAAAAAGCAGAGCUUCAUCCUAUAUUAAAAGCUCACGGUGGUAUAAGUCCUGUUCGAUAUGUUUUGGAAGUGUUAAAGAAAGUCAAAUCAAGUGAAUUAGAGGAAUCGUUACUGGUGUUACCAUUUUCUUAUGUCGAGGAUCUUCUCACAUUGAUGGACGUUUGGAUGAAGAACUCUUGGGAAGUUGAAAAAUGUACACGAUGUCUCACCUUUCUGUUAAAAAUCCAUCACAAUCAGAUCACAUCAAACAAAGUAUUAGUCUCUACAAUAGAGUCGUUAAAACUUCAUACUCGCCGAUCUGUUCUUCAACUCAAGGAUCAAGUGGGAUUUAAUCUGGCUGGAUUACGAUUUCUGCAACAACAAUUACAAAUGAAAGACGUCACGUUUUUCGAAGAUGCCACCGAAAAAUUAAAGAAGAAACAAAAAAUGAAAAAAAUUGUAGCGUUUACCUAGUUUUUAUUGAGAAGAGUUUGUUUUUUUAAAAAAAUAA